UGAGGACGAAAGCCAAAUGUCACGAGCGCUUGUUUCCAGGUGUCUUUGGCAGUUAAGACGCGGCACCACACGAUGCACAAUGAGCCACUCCUCUCUUUUGGCGUUCAUGGCCAACACCCUGGAGCUGCGCUUCGGCCCGGACCCACAGCUGAGCGAGGUGAUGCGCCUGCGGGUCCAGUCCCUGCAGCAGCGUGGGCAGAAACGUCAGGACGGUGAGCGCCUGCUGCGGCCCGACGAGGCCGUGUACCGCCUGGACUUUGCCCAGCAGUCGCUGCGCUUCUCCCAUUGGACAGUGCGUUUGGCCAGGCCAGGUCGCCUGGCCAUUACGGCCACGUCGCAGCUGUGGACGCCGGACCUAACCCACCUAAUGACCCCGCAGCUCCUGGAGCCGCCGGCGGUCUUCUGGAGCGUGGUGGGCAACCCCCGCCAGACGGGCACCGAGUGCUACGAGGCGAACGUGUGCGAGUUGGGCGAGCGCAUCACUGAGCUGGCCAAGGUGAGGAAGGUCAUAUACUUCCUGUUUGCCUUUGGGGAGGGCUGCUGCCCCGACGCGGUGGACUGCUCCAUCGCCUUCACGGCUGGCAGCUGAAUGCUUCUGUGAAGCCUCGCUUAACGCUUGCAUUUCUACCCGGGUAGCUGGAAAUACGUAGUUCACUCCGUCACCGUCUGUGAAUCUAAGUCAAAGUUGUUUUUUCAAAUCGAUUCUCCCAUCAUUAAGCAGACUGUGCAUAAUGCUGCAAAGGCUUACUCAUUCAACUGACUUUUUAGGAAUCUCGUCUGUGUCCGUAUGAGCGCUUCUUCUAAGCUGGUGCAAAAAGUUUCAGAACCACCGGAUAACGCAAUUGUGGAUUUGCGGAUUCAAAAAGAGUGCAAUACUUUGAAUGACUGGGAUUUUUUCAGGAUCUGGUUCCACAAAGCACCCGGCUGGCCGGCUUAAAAUUGACGGCUCAUCUGCUCGACAAAG